GAGGGUUUGUGGCAGCGUCACAAGCAGCUCAGAGGACUGGACGUGAACUUUGACCACUUCCAGAUUCUCCGGGCGAUUGGGAAGGGAAGCUUUGGCAAGGUGUGUAUUGUGCAGAAGAGAGACACUGAGAAGAUGUAUGCCAUGAAGUACAUGAACAAACAGCAGUGCAUCGAGAGGGAUGAGGUUCGCAACGUGUUCAGAGAGCUGGAAAUCCUUCAGGAGAUCGAGCACGUGUUCCUGGUGAAUCUCUGGUACUCCUUCCAGGACGAGGAGGACAUGUUCAUGGUGGUGGACCUGCUUCUCGGCGGCGACCUGCGCUAUCACCUGCAGCAAAACGUCCAGUUCACGGAAGAGACGGUCAAACUCUACAUCUGUGAGAUGGCGCUGGCUCUCGACUACCUCCGAAGUCAGCACAUCAUCCACAGAGACGUAAAACCAGACAACAUCCUCCUCGAUGAGCAAGGUCAUGCACAUUUAACAGAUUUUAAUAUUGCAACAAUAAUUAGGGAUGGUGAAAGAGCAACUGCAUUAGCUGGAACAAAGCCAUACAUGGCCCCGGAGAUUUUCCAUUCCUUCCUGAAUGGCGGGACGGGCUACUCCUUCGAGGUGGACUGGUGGUCGCUGGGGAUCAUGGCUUACGAGCUGCUGCGGGGCUGGAGACCGUAUGACAUCCACUCCAACAACCCCGUGGAGUCUUUAGUUCAGCUCUUCAGUACCGUGAGCGUUCAGUACUCGUCUGCGUGGUCAAAAGAAAUGGUUGCUCUGUUGAGAAAGCUGCUGACGGUGAACCCCGAGCAUCGCUUUUCCUGCCUGGCCGACGUUCAGGCCUCGGCGUACCUGUCCGGCGUGGUCUGGAGCGAUGUCUGCGAGAAGCGGGUGGAGCCAGGCUUCGUCCCCAACAAGGGCCGCCUGCACUGCGACCCCACCUUCGAGCUGGAGGAGAUGAUCCUGGAGUCAAGGCCCUUGCACAAGAAGAAGAAGAGGCUUGCAAAGAACAAGUCGAGGGAUAACAGCAAAGACAGCUCUCAGUCUGAAAAUGACUAUCUCCAAGAAUGCCUUGAAGCUAUCCAGCAAGACUUUGUCAUCUUUAACAGAGAGAAGCUAAAGAAGAGCCAAGAGCAGACGAGUGAGUCCGUGUCGCCCCCCGAGACCACCGACGAAGCCGAGACGGAGGCCGAGUCCGAGACCUCCAACUUGAACAUGUGCAGCUCCGUCUGCUCCUCCGCGGGCAGCAGCUAGGCUGGAGCCGCCGGGCGAGGGUCGCCGCUAACCCGUCCUCGGGCUGCGCUGGGCACCGCAGGCUGCCCCCGCCGCCGGGGAGCCCCCGCCGCCGGGCCUGCACGCUGUAGCAAAAGGGACCGUUCUCACGGAACCGCGCUCCCGGGCUGAGCGGCCGCCCGCGCGGCACCUGGCUGCCCCGCCUGGGUAAAGGGACUUGCUAUGCAACUUGUCGCAGGAGGCAGAUCAACUUCUUCACUUGUUCUUUUUUAACGUCAGGUUGCUGAUCUGCACGUGUCCUUAAUACAGUGAGGUGACAAGAAAAGAAGUUACAUCCUUGGGCACAGCAGAGGAUGACGUCGAGCAGGUGUGGCGAGGGAGGAAACCCAAUAGGUGGUUUCAGCUCUUCUCGGGCAGUCCCUGUCCGUGAAGCUGCCGCGGGGACAGGCAACCCCUGUGUAAACCGGAGCGUCUCCAGGCUGUGGCGGGCAGCACCGGCCUCCUGGGAGCCUCCAGCUGUUGGGGCCCUGCAGCAGAAGGACAUCCCGGGCACGUCCUUGUCCUCUCGUCACCUGUCAGAGUUUCUUUCCCGACUCGGGGCAAAUAAAUGUUUUUUGUGCACUCCAUGAAUCCUUCAGGGUCUGGGUAAUGAUUAAACUUGUAAUUGAGAUGCAGAAUGUGUUUAAAAUAUUUGCUUUCUUCACGUAGCUGCUGCGAGCGGCGAGGAGCUGUGUGAGCGGACCGGAGGGUUUGGCUCCGUUUGUCCGGGUUCGGAGGACGCUGUCUGUCCAGGUGCAGGGUUAUUGGAGGCCAAGGGGGUGGCCUUGACAUGCUGCGUGGUCACGGGAGACGGGAACGUCUUAUUUCACCCUUUGAUUUACUUUAAUUUUCAAUGUAAAGUGAAAGUACUGUAUAUAGUUUACCAAUACCUGUUUUAACUUCUUAAUAAGACGGGAGAUCUCCUGAGCUUGCUCCGGCUGUGGAUGUUGCCUUUCUUGUUUCAGAAGCCUUCACUAUAUUAGUUGCUUAAUCUGCUAUAGAGUGGCUUUUGGUUAUUGUCACUGAAAAUGAGCCGUGGGCUCUGCUGCAGCGUGGGGCCGUUGUGGUGCCCGGGGGUUCCUUAGGAGCGCAUUCACUUUCAAACUACCAAGAUCCGUUUGCUGCCAGACAUGAGGAGGCUGCAGCGUUUGCAUCCUUACUGUGGAUUCAUAACGCAGAAAUGCUAGAAAAUGUUUUUAACAGAUGCAGACUCUUUUCAGGACAAAUAUUGUUGUGUUUUUCGUUUCCACCAAUAAAACAGAAAGGCGUAACUGCUACAAACCAGUUUUAGUUUAAAAAUGACACGCAUUUAUUUUCCACAGUUUUAUGUGGAGAUUAGUACGUGGCUAAAUUCGUGCAGGACCAAAUUUUCACAGAAGUCUUUCCAAGCAGCGCUGAGGCGCGCAGACACAGCUGGUGCGGGGGGAAGGCGAGCUCUGGUGCCAGUUUGUGCAGCCGCAGGGGGGGAGUGCCCAGCGAGGGACCCGGGUGGCCCCGCGGGGCCCCGGCCCUGACCGCGGGUCUGUCGCAGACCCGACCCGCCCCUCGUUAGGAGCUGUGCUAAUGACGGGCUGGAGGGGGGCUGCGGCCUGGGCCGGGCCCCGCUACUCUCUGUGCACCCCCGUGUCCCCUGCCCCAGCCCCUGGGCGAUGGCCAGGACGCUCUGGCAACACUUGAAUCUCUUCACAAAGCCACAUGGAGACCGGCUGUGAUCCGGUUGGGAUCCGAGCAGGGGGAUACGGCUGCUGCCACGCGGGGCCCAGACCCACCGCUCGGCCCCCCGGGACCCAGGCGGGGCAGGAGAAGCAGAACGAGGGUCAAAACCAGGAAUUGCAAAUUACAGAUGAUUUACACCACCCAUGUGGAUAGGAUUUUUCAGUAAACUCCAUUACACUAUUGUCAUCUUUCUGUAAAUAAUGACAAAAGUUUGGACUGUCGGAAUGACACAAGGACCAACCCCCUCCCCUGUACGAGGGACGUGGGCAGAUCCUGUUCAGCCGGCGGCUCUCGGGCCAGGAGGGCUGCUGGCAGCUUGGCAGGCCCUGUCUGAUCCAAUGUUUUCGUCGCUUCCUUUAGGACAAGUGACAAACAGCCCCUGAGUUUGAGGCUGGUGUGCACAGGGAGGAGCUGGCUCACUUCUGAAAUGGAUGUUUCUCCCCCCAAACUCUGCCCUGUCGGUCACUCGUGUUCCCUUUCAGCACUGCCCUUCCUGGGGAAAUUGUGCAAAGUGCCCUCAGCAGCGCUCGGCAGAACCCGGGGAAGUGCUGGGGAGACGCCGGCUCGUUGCUGCUUCCCGGGGGCAGCAGCGUGGGGCAGGUUCUGGCUCCCACCGCCCAAGUCCAUCCAGGGAGGCUCUGGCUCUGCCUCAGGCCGUCUCUGCUCCUCGGCCACUGGGGUGGACACGGGCCUCUGGGCUUAUUGCGCUGAGCCAGAGAGACACCGUGAGCGCACCGGAGCGGAAAUACUCGCGCUUGAUCUGAAAUAGUGCCUGGGCAUAACUUGGGCAGCGCCCGCUGGGGGCCAGGCUUUGCUGCAGCCUGGUUGUGCCUCGUCCCCGGGGGAGAAAUCACAC